AUAUUUUCCAGUCUUCUGACUUCCUGCAGGCGCCGCGAAUAUAUAGACGUCAAGAAUCGCAACACAGCACAAAGGAGCCCUGCAGGGAAGCCAGGACAGGAUAACCCGUGGCAAAACGCAACUGGAUCUCAGUAUGCUAUAUAACUAUUUACUCGUACUUUUGGCCUUUGUGGCCUCUGUGGUCUCACAAGACCCAACUCUGGAUUCUGCAUGGGAUACCUGGAAGAGGACCAAUGGCAAGCAGUACAACAACCUGAAUGAAGAAACGAUACGACGUUCAAUUUGGGAGAAGAACACAAGAUUAAUCGAGGCACAUAAUCAGGAAUAUGAACUGGGAAUCCACUCCUAUGAAUUGGGAAUGAAUCAUCUGGGUGAUAUGACUAGUGAGGAAGUUGUAGAGAAGAUGACUGGACUGCAGGUCCCUCUCACAAGAGAUCCCAACAAUACUUUUAUUCCUGAUUCUGACCUGGACCUACCCAGAUCUGUGGACUACAGAAAGAAAGGUUUUGUAACACCAGUACGUAAUCAGGGACCCUGUGGAUCCUGUUGGGCAUUCAGUUCAGCAGGUGCCCUUGAAGGCCAACUCAAGAAGACCACAGGCAAACUGGUAGUGCUGAGUCCUCAGAACCUGGUGGAUUGUGACACUGACAAUGAUGGCUGUGGGGGUGGCUACAUGACUAAUGCCUUCAAGUACGUCAGGGACAACAGAGGGAUCGACUCAGAGACAGCAUACCCUUAUAUUGGAGAGGAUGAGAAAUGCUACUUCAAUAAAACCGGGGUUGCAGCUACCUGUAAAGGAUACAAGGAGAUUCCAGUGGGCAAUGAACGUGCACUUCAGGCUGCUGUGGCUAAAGUUGGGCCUGUGUCUGUGGGCAUAGAUGCCUCACUUUACUCAUUCCAGUUCUACACGAGAGGCAUCUACAAUGAUCCUGCUUGCAACAAAGAUGACAUCAAUCAUGCCGUCUUGGCAGUGGGCUAUGGUGUAUAUAAGGGGAAGAAGUAUUGGAUAAUCAAGAACAGCUGGAGUGAGACUUGGGGAAACAAAGGAUACAUCCUUAUGGCCCGCAAUCGAAACAACCUUUGUGGUAUUGCCAACUUGGCCAGCUACCCGAUCAUGUAAAUGUGGAGCAGCAAUGCGGCAGCCGGUAGAGGAUGAUGGAAUGGAGGAACAAAAUGAAGAAAAGAUGAAAUUUACAAGACAGACAGAAAAUAUCUUUACACAUUUUAUCUUUUUACCAGUCUUCUGUUGGCUGUCAAAAUGAUGAUGGAGAGACAAAUUGUAUACUUUCUCUGUGGUACAUUUACAAAAGAGCCUAUUUUAAUAGCAUGUACUUGAAAAUUAAAAGGAAAGCCAAUACCGUUUUGACAAGUGUCGCUCUAUUUACAAAAUUCAGUCUGUAUCUAAAAUUCAGCCUAUAUAUGUUACUAUAGUGGAAUAAAGGAAGUUGUAAGCCAAGCAGUUUUAAGCAUUUAGAAAACUUACAGGACAAGAUGUUCUGCUGGGCAAACCUAAAUAAAAAUCCUGCAGUGACGUGAUAAUACAAACCAUUCCCAGUUCUUCAUCUUUCAUUUAUAGUGUGCAAUCAGAAUUCUAUGUGAUCUAAUGGAUAAGAAGCAGGACUUCAGACCAUAAGGUUCCCAGGUCACUUCCUACUGAGGAAAUUACUUAAUUUCAAAUGUACUCACUUAGCAGAUGAUUUUAUUCAGUGACUUACAAAAGAAGUGAACAUAUCAUUCAAUGGGUCUGUGCUCCCCUACCUGAAUAAGUACAGCAUCCAUGUAUAUCUUAUUGGACUUGGUUCAUCAUAAAGAUUGAUUGCAAAAAAGUAGGGUUUGCCAGCAUUAGCUAUUUACUAGGUAAUGCUAUAUGUGUGCACCUUGGAUUUAGCUUAUCACAGUAAAGGUGUGAGUUACAACUUCAUUUCAUUUAGUUUACAGGACCUUGAAUUUCAUUAGAAGAACAAAAUUAAUAAUACUCACAACACAAUAUUCAUGACCAGCUUGAAUUAUGGUUUAGACUAAUAUUCAAAGAUAUAGUAAACAUGCAAGGCCUUGAAUCUGACUCUUACUCUUAGCUUAUUUUGUAAUCUUUAGCAAGUCACUUAAAAUAUGUUAAAGUGAUAUGUGUGGGUACAUUUGAGGAGUAACACUUUGUACAUGUAAAGCACUUUCAUAUAAUUUGAAACGUAAACAUUGGUGUGUAAAAUAAAGGUUGUUUGACUGAUUAAAGAAA